AUGACUGGCCACCACAAUUGGGGAUAUGGGCAGGAUGACGGACCUGCAGAGUGGCACAAAUCUUAUCCUAUUGCACAAGGGAACCGCCAGUCACCUAUUGAUAUAGUUUCUGCAAAAGCAGUUUAUGACCCUAGUCUGAAGCCGCUUAUUAUCUCCUAUGAAUCAUGUACAUCUCUCAACAUCUCCAACAAUGGUCAUUCAGUUAUGGUUGCGUUUGAAGAUACUGAUGACAAGACAGCAAUCAGUGGCGGUCCCUUUGAGAAUCCAUUUCGGCUAAAGCAGUUUCACUUUCACUGGGGGACAAAGGACAGCCAGGGAUCAGAGCAUACAAUUGAUGGCAAACAUUUUCCAUGUGAGCUCCAUUUAGUUCACUGGAAUGCCAGAAAAUAUGCAACAUUUGGAGAAGCAGCAGCAGCUCCAGAUGGCUUAGCAGUAGUUGGUGUUUUCUUGGAGAUUGGGAGAGAACAUGCCAGUAUGAACAGACUCACUGAUGCUUUGUACAUGGUAAAAUUUAAAGGAACAAAAGCUCAAUUUAGAAGCUUCAACCCCAAGUGUCUCCUGCCUUUGAGUCUAGAUUAUUGGACAUACCUUGGUUCUUUGACAACACCACCCCUUAAUGAGAGUGUCACAUGGAUAGUGCUGAAAGAACCUAUCAGAAUUUCUGAGAAACAGCUGGAGAAAUUCCGCAUGCUCCUCUUCACCAGUGAGGAAGACCAGAGGAUCCAAAUGGUGAAUAAUUUUCGCCCCCCUCAGCCUCUUAAGGGGAGAGUAGUUCGAGCUUCCUUCAAGGCCUGA